AGAAUUCAGUGGCUUUGGAAAAUAAAACUGCUUUUAUAGCUCUUUUGGGUAUUUGAGAAAUGCACUUGUGAAGUGUUAGAGUUGAAUCUUUUGAUGGGAAAGUCGGGUUUUCCUGAUACUAGGAUUCCGGGAUUCCAGGGGUUGGGGUGGCCCAGUUCCUGCGAGAAGCAAUAGCGGGCGGUGACAUGAGGAGCACAGUGCGUCCAGCGAGUCCUUGCGCCUGGGGGCCUUCCGAAUCCCCGCCUGCGCCCCAGGAUUCGGGCCUCACCGGGCCGUGCGGGGGCCUCUGUGACGCAGUGUUUCAGGCAGUCGGCCCGGCAGAGCCCGCAGCCAGAGCGGCCCAGAGACAGGAGGCGGCGGCGGCAGCGGCGGCAUGAACCACUGCCAGCUUCCGGUGGUGAUCGACAACGGCUCGGGAGUGAUCAAGGCGGGACUGGCUGGGAGCCGGGAGCCCCAGUUUGUCUACCCGAACAUUAUCGGCCGCGCCAAGGGCCAGAGCCGCGCGGCCCUGGGCGGGCUAGAACUCUGCGUGGGUGACCAAGCUCAGGACUGGAGGAGCUCGCUGUCCAUCAGUUACCCAGUGGAGCGUGGUCUCAUUACUUCAUGGGAGGACAUGGAGAUCAUGUGGAAGCAUAUCUAUGACUAUAACCUAAAGCUGAAGCCGUGUGAUGGCCCAGUCUUGAUUACUGAGCCAGCCCUGAACCCACUGGCCAACCGGCAACAGAUCGUGGAAGUGUUUUUUGAGCAUCUGGGUGUUCCUGCCUUCUAUAUGUCCAUCCAGGCUGUGCUGGCUCUCUUUGCUGCUGGCUUCACUACUGGUCUUGUGCUGGAUUCAGGUGCUGGGGUUACCCAGAGUGUGCCCAUCUUUGAGGGUUACUGUCUGCCUCAUGGUGUGCAGCAAUUGGAUCUGGCGGGCCUUGACCUCACCAACUACCUCAUGGUGCUAAUGAAGAACCACGGUAUCAUGUUGCUUAGUGCUUCAGACAGAAAGAUUGUUGAAGACAUCAAGGAGACCUUUUGUUAUGUGGCAAUCAACUACGAAGAGGAAAUGGCCAAGAAACCUGAUUGUCUAGAGAAAGUUUACCAACUACCUGAUGGGCAGGUCGUCCGGCUCCAUGACCAGCUCUUUUCUUGUCCAGAGGCCCUCUUCUCUCCGUGUUGUAUGAACCUUGAGGCCCCUGGCAUUGAUAAGAUAUGCCUCAGCAGCAUAAUGAAAUGUGAUACAGGCCUGAGGAAUUCCUUCUUUUCCAAUAUUAUCCUUGCCGGGGGAUCAACCUCUUUCCCUGGUUUAGACAAGCGGCUAGUUAAGGAUAUAGCAAAGGUGGCUCCUGCCAACACCGCUGUGCAAGUUAUAGCUCCCCCAGAAAGGAAAAUAUCAGUGUGGAUGGGAGGUUCUAUUCUUGCAUCCUUGUCUGCCUUCCAGGACAUGUGGAUCACUGCUGCAGAAUUUAAAGAAGUUGGACCCAACAUAGUACACCAAAGAUGCUUCUGAAAUACAGAUAAAAUGGUUAGAAGAAAAUGUUUUGAGUAUAUGUGACAGAAACUUUGGAUAUUAUGUGUUUCUGGGAGAAGAGAAAAUACUUCAACUAUUGGGAUGCCAAUAUUUCUGUUGUAUUUCUAUAAUGGGCUUGGGGAUAAUAAUGAUGAAGCUCAAGAACAGGUGUCUAUUGAGUAGAACCAAGUUAAAAUAAUGUUUCCCAU